CAGUUCUAACGGCCUCGGUCGUUACUUAAAAAAAGAAACCAUGAGUUCUGAAAUAGAACCACAUAUUACGAAAAAAUAUGAAAUCAAGAAAAGACUUGGGAAAGGGGCAUAUGGGAUUGUAUGGAAGGCCAUUGACAGACGGACCGGUGAAGUAGUGGCCGUCAAGAAAAUUUUUGAUGCCUUUCGAAAUCAAACAGAUGCACAGCGUACUUUUCGAGAGAUUAUGUUCCUACAAGAGUUCGGGGAUCAUAUUAAUAUCGUCAAGUUACACAAUGUUAUUAAAGCUGAAAAUGAUAAAGAUAUUUAUUUAGUGUUUGAAUUCAUGGAAACAGAUUUACAUAAUGUGAUAAAACGUGGUAAUAUAUUAAAAGAUGUACAUAAACAAUAUAUUAUGUAUCAAUUAUUAAAGGCUAUUAAAUAUAUACAUUCUGGUAAUGUUAUACAUAGAGAUAAAAAGCCAUCUAAUAUACUAUUAGAUAGUGAUUGUAAAGUCAAGAUCUGUGAUUUUGGUUUAGCUAGAUCUUUAACUCAGAUAGGUAUAGAUGAAACUGGUGAUCCUAAUUUAACGGAGUAUGUUGCUACCAGGUGGUACAGAGCUCCUGAAAUCCUUCUGGCUUCACAUCGGUAUACAAAAGGCGUUGACAUGUGGAGUUUAGGUUGUAUAUUAGGUGAAAUGUUACUAGGUAAACCGUUGUUCCCCGGGUCAUCAACGCUAAAUCAAAUAGAAAGAAUAAUGGCAUCAAUAGACAAACCAACUCGAGCAGAUAUCGAAAGUCUGAAAUCUGCCUAUGGGUUUUCAGUAUUAGAAAAGGCUUCUAUGAAACCUAAAAGAAAUUUAGAAGAUCUAGUCCCUGGUGCAGCCCCUGAAGCUGUUGAUUUAAUGAAAAAACUACUUCAUUUCAAUCCUGAUAAAAGAAUAACUGCUGAAGAAGCCUUGAAACAUCCUUAUGUCAGCAGGUUUCAUAACCCAUCAGAAGAAGUAUCACUAGACUAUGAUGUUGUACCACCAUUAAGUGAUGAUGUACAACUAACAGUUGAAGAAUACAGAAAAAAAUUAUAUGAAGUAAGAACAUUUCAUUUGACUUUUGGUAUUUUGGUUUCUUUUAGAAACACCUGA